GGUUAGUUAUUCGUUCUCGCAAUUUCUCCUCUACUAGCUCUGUCUCUCUCGGCUCUGUGCGUGUGUGUGUGUUUUUCCCAUCUGCAAUGGCGGAUGCGACGUCGUCUUCACCAUCACGAUCUCCGGCGAAUGCUGAGCUGGCUCUUCCACGUUCCGACGUUGAAUCUCAGCUCUCCUCUCUCCUUUACGAUCUUUCCCACCGGGUACAAGCUGCUAUGGAGGAUAUGCUUAAGAUGAUAAAUGAAAUAGAUCAGAAUUCUUCUGAUGUAAUGGAUGACAUAAAGAACUGCAUGGACUUUGCUCUUGAGAGGAAAAGAACCUUAGAUGAAGAGAAAGAGCAUUAUCAGAAAGCUGCCUAUACUGUUAUAAGCAUGCUGAAUAACCAGUUUGCUGAAGGCUAGGAUGAAGAAACACCAGUUCAUGGAGGAAUUAUCCUAAAUGAUACUGAAUGCCUAUCCUGGAAUGAGACUCCCACUCGUUACAAACUCUGGCAGUCUUCUUAGUAUUGGUAUUCUAGAUUCAUGGUAUGUAGAGUUUAUUUGAACUUCUUUCAUUUGUCAAGAAAAGGCACAGAUCUGCUAUUAUUUUUUUUCUGUUCAGUAUACAUGUUUAAUUUGUACUGAUGCUGAGUGAAGAUAAUUCUCUUAAGUGAAGAGUGCUUGGGUGAUGAAAUGUUCUGAUCCCCAUAAGCUGCCAAAUGUUUCAAGUUUUACUCUCUCAUUUCUUUGUGCUGUAGCCUUUAUAUGUUGAUUUAGCUAUGCAUCUAUUUUCAUGAUUCCGCCCAUGAGAUUCAUAUAAUUGAGAGCUUUCUGAGAAAUCUGGAAUGAAGUAACAGGCAUUCUUUACAUUGUCCAUCUGUCUGCUGCCAUUAUAAUCUUACACGAAACACACUAGUUAUCCACGACAUCCCUGACUUUAGGGUUAAACACUUGUAAAGUGUUGCUUAAGAUCAGAUAUCUCUCAAGUAUCUUUAGGACUGAUAAUAAAUUUAAAACUCAAGGUAAAGUGCUUCACAAUUUAGUUAACUUACAAUAUCGGUAUAGCGUUUAAUUGACAACAGAAAAAUUGCAUAUUCUUAUCUAUCGUUAUUCUGUGUUGAAAUUGACCUUAUUGCUGAAUCUACAUUAAAUGAUUGAAUAUCAUAGUUCCCAAAGGCAUUCUCCACAAUCGGCAUGCCUUCAUAUUUAAAUCCCAGUAAUAGUCUGAAGUUUUCUCAGCAUUAGGUUUGCCAUCACAAUCCACUGAAGGAAGCACAAUUAAUUACAUUCUCUUCAAUUUCAAUAUACUGUUCCUUAUUCUCUAUCUUUGAUAUAAUAUCACUCUUAUGCUGUUUUAUGAGUUUAUUAUCCACUCUUAGUUCUUCAAUUAUCAUUUAUAAUUCAUCGGCAUAAAGGAUAAGAUUUUGUGAACUUCAAAAA